CUCCCUUGUGAGGCGGUUGGUGUGCGCGCGCGGCAUCUGAUGCCCCGUCCCUUAUACCUUCCCCAGCCCUGGCUGACGAAACACCUCCGGCCCGGCCACCCAUAUCCCCGGAUUCGUGAGUGAUCAGGAGCUUCACCAUGGCCGAGGAGGAGCUUAUCUUUGAUCCCAGCCUUAAGAAAAAGAAAAAGAAGAAGACUGGGUUUAAUCUUGAUGCAGCCCUAGCAGAUAGUGGUGGAACCCCAGUUGUAGAACCUGCACCCACUCCUGAAAAUGGAGAAGUGCCUGAAGCCAAAGAGAGCACUCCUGAAAUGGACGAUAUGGAGAUGUUUGGAAAGAAGAAGAGCAAGAAGAAAAACAAAAAACCAUUCAAUCUGGAGGAACUAAGCGAGGCAUUGCCAGAAACGAAGGAGACUGGUAUCAUAAUUGGGGAGGAUCGCGAACAGGUGGCAUCCCAAGCAUCUGAAGUCGAUGACUUUGAUCUGGACAUGGACUUCAGUAAAGCCAAGAAGAAAAAGCCUAAAAAGAAGAAAGGACUGGUUGACCUCAUUGCAAAAGAUGACUCUGUCAUGGACAGUGAUGACAAAGAAUUAGAUUUGGAAACCGAUGGGAGUCGAGAGCCAGGCCUGGUAAAUAUUGAGGAGGAGAUAGGUGUGUGUGAAGAAAUAAGAGAAUCUGGAGAUGGAUGGAUAGGUAGCGAACGCGACUACACAUAUGAUGAAUUAUUAGAACGUGCGUUUAAUCAGCUCCGAGAAAAAAAUCCGGAGAUGGCCACAGGCGAGAAAAAGAAGUUUGUCAUGAAACCACCUCAGGUUGUUAGGAUUGGGUCUAAGAAAACGGCUUUUGCUAACUUUGCAGAAAUAUGUAGGCUCCUUCACAGAAUGCCCAAACAUGUACUACAGUUUCUCUUGGCUGAGUUGGGUACAUCGGGAAGUAUUGAUGGCAGUAAUCAGUUGAUCAUCAAGGGACGAUUCCAGCAAAAACAAAUAGAAAAUGUACUUAGGAGAUACAUUAAAGAAUAUGUUACUUGCCACACGUGCCGAUCUCCAGACACGAUCCUGCAAAAAGAUGCUCGCCUCUACUUCCUUCAGUGUGAACAGUGUAAUUCCCGGUGUUCUGUUGCUCCCAUUAAGUCUGGUUUCCAGGCUGUGGCCAACAAACAACAGAGACAAGCAAUCAGAGCAAGCAAAAAUUAGGUGACAGUGCAUUUAGUAUUAAUUUUUUUCAUUACAUAUUUUACAGUUUGACAAUUUUAUAGGUGUAAAGUCACAUAUUAUCAUAAGAAAAAAAAAACAACUCCAGAUCUGGAAAGUAUGAGAAUGUAGCAUGCAAAUAUUUGGAUUAAAUAAAGUCUAUUCAGGUAAA